GGGUUUGCUGCGGGGGUAGCUGCUGCAAGGGCCAUGCCAUUUCCGUUUCCAUCUACUUGAUCGGAUCUGCCACCACCAAACCCUAACCCUCUCUUCUCCUUUCGCUCUGUAAAUUCUCAUCGGCGAUUCCCAAAAAUGGCAAACGCUUCUCAUUUAAUCAAUCACUCCAGAAAGUUGAGAAAUGCUUCAAUCUUCCUGCACCAUGAGCGUGCUCUCUUGGUUCGUUGGUUUUGCAACGAUGCUCAACCCUCUAUCAGCAGGAAUCGCGAUGUGCGGAGAACCCAAAUACAUGACUACAAGUCUUCAACAAGAAGUAGUGUCGCUGGAACAUCCCCCAACUUUACUAAGAGGAACUUCUCCAUGUCCACCAUGAAAAGGGGAUGCAUUAGUGGGUGCUUGUUCAAUGGAGACAUUUCAAACAGUUCAAGAGUGAUGUCGAGGAGAUGUUAUGCAUCAGCUUCAGAUCUCCCCCCUCACCAGGAAAUUGGAAUGCCUUCUCUCUCGCCUACAAUGACAGAGGGUAACAUUGCUAGAUGGUUGAAGAAAGAAGGUGAUAAAGUUUCUCCUGGUGAAGUGCUCUGUGAAGUUGAAACUGAUAAAGCUACGGUGGAAAUGGAAUGCAUGGAGGAAGGUUAUCUUGCCAAGAUAGUUCGUGGGGAUGGGGAUAAAGAAAUUCAAGUUGGUGAGAUAAUUGCAAUAACUGUUGAAGAUGAGGGUGAUAUUGCGAAGUUUAAAGAUUACCAAGCUUCUGCAUCUGAACCUAGUGCUCCCCCUGCCAAAGAAACAUCUGCCCCACCUCCACCAAAGAAAGAGGUGGUUGAGGAGCCUGCCCGAGAACCUGAGCCAAAGGUUUCCAAACCCAGUGCGGCACCUUCAUCUGGAGAUCGCAUAUUUGCUAGUCCUCUUGCUAGAAAGUUGGCUGAAGAGAAAAAUAUACCCAUCUCUAGCAUUAAAGGAACAGGACCUGACGGCCUCAUUGUAAAGGGUGACAUUGAUGAUUACCUGGCUUCUGGUGCUAAAGAAGUUUCAGCACCCUCAAAGGCCAAGGUUACAACUGAUGCAGCAUUGGAUUAUACUGACAUUCCUGUCUCUCAGAUUAGGAAGGUCACAGCUUCACGUCUAUUAUUAUCCAAACAAACUAUUCCUCAUUACUAUUUAACAGUAGAUACAUGUGUUGACAAACUCAUGAGUUUACGGACCCAACUUAAUUCGUUGCAAGAAUCUUCUGGUGGGGCUCGCAUAUCAGUUAAUGACCUUGUAAUCAAGGCUGCUGCUUUGGCGCUCCGCAAAGUUCCUCAGUGUAACAGUUCGUGGACAAAUGAAUAUAUUCGCCAGUAUCAUAAUGUGAAUGUCAAUGUUGCAGUACAGACUGAUAAUGGACUCUUUGUUCCAGUCAUCAGGGAUGCAGACAAGAAAGGCCUCUCGGCAAUAGGUGAAGAGGUCAAACAGUUGGCCAAGAAAGCCAGAGAAAACAGCUUGAAACCCCAAGAUUAUGAGGGAGGUACAUUUACUGUGUCUAACUUGGGAGGGCCAUUUGGUGUCAAACAAUUUUGUGCGAUCAUCAAUCCUCCUCAAGCUGGCAUUCUUGCAGUUGGAUCCGCUGAGAGGAGGGUCAUCCCGGGUUCUGGUGCUGAAGAAUUCAAGUUUGCUUCCUUCAUGUCUGUGACCCUCAGCUGUGAUCAUCGUGUAAUAGAUGGUGCAAUUGGCGCAGAAUGGUUAAAAGCAUUCAAAGGCUAUAUAGAAAACCCAGAAUCCAUGUUGUUGUAGAGAAGUAAAUAGAAAGCUGCCAUGACGUACUCAAUUCCUUAAAAGUGAUAUUGCAGGCUGAGGAUGAGGUUUGUUCAUCUGGGUAUUUCCAUGUUUCCCAUUUGGGAUUGAUUGAUUGUAUCCCUGACCAAUUUUUGAUUGAUGUCUUCAAUCCCUGAAAAAUAAAUUUUGCAGAUUUGAAAUUCUUUAAUAAGCGAGGGUAGAUUCGGCAUUUUAUUUUAAACCCUGAAAUUGUGUUCUUCCAAGAGAAUGCUACCCCUUAAAUCGGGCAGAUGAGCAUUUGAUAUUUUUCUGUUAGAUGGUGUGAAGAAUUGCAAGAAUGUUUACUUUUCUGCCAUCCUCACACCUUCCUUCUGUUAAUAUUGUUAGCUGUGGUUUGAUUGGGCAGCUGAGUUUAAGCCCCUAUCAAAAAUGCUUGUAUGAUGGCGUUAUAUCAGGAUAUUGGCUGAUUCAAACA